AUGGCUCUUCUCGCUCUCGCUCACCCCCCGGUUGUUGUUUUUACGCAAGACGUCAUGGCCACCAGGGACAUUGUUCGCGGUCGCAAGACCUACACAGACUUUUCUGAAGUAAACCGCUUCCAAGACUCCAAGGAUGCUUUCUUCGCUGGCGUGCAGUAUGCAUUUGAUAACCUUGCCCCUGCCGAGGCUGGUGUUCCAGCACUCACCUGCGUCGAGUUCCACGACUAUGUCGACGCGGAACUGGGUACCAAGACAGUGUCGGAGAAGGAGGUUGAGCAGAAUCACGCUGAGCUAGGCGCCGACGGGAGCGCGGAGGCUAUAACGACUGCUGGCCAGAUCGUGGAGAUGGCGAAUACGGGGCAUAUUGGAAUGGUGGGAGAUGUUGGACGAUCGGCUGCCCAAGUUGUCGGCAGAAGCUUCUGGAAGGUCAUUUGA